CACGGCGGAAUUUAAUCCGUUUUAGACGUCUCCAUAUGAGUUUGAGUGAUCUCCUGGAAUGAGUUAAGAAGGGCAGAUACUUUUGGUGAAAAGUGAUGACGCAACGACUAGUGGCUCGUGCGCCGCGCUUGCAGAAUCCUUGAAUAUCACCAGUACUGUCUAGAGCCGAAACCUUCUAGACAACUUGAAAACUUGAAAUCUCUGCUUUUCCGCACCGUUGCAGCCAGAUCAUUAUGAGGAUGUUAGUGAAGCCUUUAUUCUUUAGAAACGUCCUACCUUUACGAUGCUUUUCAUCAUCAGUACCAAACAUGCUCAAAAUUGGAGACAUUUUAAGGCAAACAAGGAUAUUCUCAAACGAAGAUGUCUGUCAAUAUUCUAAAGUGACUUGUGAUGUGAAUCCUCUGCACUUUGACAAGGAAUCUGCUCGAAAUGCUGGAUUCGAGGAUCGACUUGUUCAUGGCAUGCUUGUAGCUUCUCUAUUUCCUCGGAUUAUUUCUUCCCACUUUGUCCAAGUUGUUAAUCUAAGGGAAAACAAAAAGCGAUAUAUGGCAAAAUUCUCAACAAAGUGUUUCAAGAAUGGUGAGAUUCUUGUUCUUAGUGGUGAGGCUACAGCUAUCUUGCCAACUUUAACGAUGGAAUUAGUGCGUUCUGAGUUUAAGUGAAGUUGUAUUUUGUAAAACAAUUCUAGUCUGAUUAAACGCAUUGAACUCGA